CGGUUGAGGGCUGGCUCCCCCGCGCGCGGGGGAGGGGCGCAGGGCCUGAAGGCGAUGGCGGGCACAGGAGGUCGGCGCAAGACGGCCACAGCCGCGCCAGACCUCCUGGCCAUCGCCUUGAUGACGCCGAUUGUCGGCGGGUGCUGGUAUCUAGGCUGUGACUCCGUCCCCGACUUCUCGAGCUACCCCCUGGAGUGGGCAUCGAGGCCCAACAAGGAGCACUUGAAGGCCUGGGACACCCUGUGCAGGCAGCUCCACGAGAUCGGCGAAGGCAGGAGGUUCAGCCAGACGUGCAUGGAGGAGGCUUGGACCACCGCGUUCGAGGAUCGGGUGAAGGAGCACAUCGCCAAGAAGAUGAUGGAGAAGGACCCCGCCAGUGUCGGCCAGAAGAGAGGCCCGAAGGUGAAGAUGGAUGGACAUCGGUACUUACAAUCGCGGGCUGCUCGGAAGAUCUUCACCCACUGGCAGAAGCUGAACGGCUACCUCCAGUCGCCGCUGCGCUCGAAGGCAGACGAGGAGACCCAGGACGGCGAGCCCGACUCCAAGACCAUCGACGACGACGACGAGGACAUCUGCGAGAACCAGAAGGCUGAGAUCUACAAGGCCAUGCUCGAGGACGACAGCGACCUCGAGAUGGUCCUCGCCAAGUGCAUCGACGAACAGACCAUCAAGAAGGAGUGCGCCAUCGGCAGGAGGAACGAGUUUCUGGAGAUGACAGGCCGCGACAUCUUACUCAGUCGGUGCUUCGAGGUCGAUUAGGGGCGUCUCGCUGAACAUCUGCCUGUCGAUCUACUUCGGCGGCGUCUUUGAGAGGGGGCCCAUUAUCGCCCGAGCCCCCGCUGCUUUUUGACAGAUCGAGUGCCGACGUCACUCACGACAA